AUGACGGUCACUUUCUUCGUGGGAGGCGAGGCGCCGGGAGAGCAGGAGGAAGACCCCUUUACACCUGAGUGGGCCGUGGAUAUGCUGGGAUUUUGUAAGCAAGCUUCAGCAGGGGGGACAAACAGGGAGAAUAGAAGUGUUUGCAUGCUGUUUCCCUCGCAGAUAGCAUUAUUCUGAUAUGGGUGCUGAUUUACUUCAUGCACAAGUAUGCAUGUGUGUGUGAGUUGAGACAAGCAGGGGAUCCUGUAUGUGCAUUGUUCUUGGUGUCUUCAGCUUCCUUUGUGGUCUUCACCUGCAGCACAUCCUUCGCCAAAUCGCCGAGGAAAACAAGCAGUCAUUGCGCGAGGCCGACUGGUCGCGGUUGGAGGAUCCAUGCCAUUGGGUUACAAAGAUCGCGCUUCACUUCAGGAAGAGUGCGAAGAAGUCCUUCAAAAUGCGGACGGUCGAGCAGCCGCGAGAAAGCGAUGAGACCGAGCCAUUUUAUGAGUUCGAUCCUGGACAUCGAGAUGCCGUCCUUGCAAAGCGCUCUGGCUACAUCAGAUCAGCGGACCUACAAUCGCUGGCUCACCAGCUGCGUCAUGAGCGGCCGCCUCUUCAGCUAUGCUUUAGCGGUCGUGUCAUGGUGGGCACAUUCAUCACAGAGGGAACAGUACUGGUAAGUGAAUGACUAUGUGCUUUGCUCAUCGCUCUACUGCCCUUACUUGAUAUGAUGCACGUAGGCGUGA